AUGAAAAACAAGCUUAAACUGACAAUUGUUAUGUUAUCCUAUAAUAAGACUGAUGUUCACCCUUCAAACUUCAUUCUCCUUGGCAUUCCUGGUUUGGAGGCAGCCCACAUCUGGAUAUCCAUCCCCUUCUGUGUGGUCUACAUUUUGGCCUUGCUGGGAAACUUAUCCCUUUUAUUUGUCAUCAAGACAGAUCCUAGCCUUCAUGAGCCCAUGUACCUCUUCCUCUGCAUGUUGGCUGUGGCUGACCUUAUUGUGUGCACCACAGCGGUGCCAAAACUACUCAGUCUUUUUUGGUUUGAUGAUGGAGAGAUUCGCUUGGAAGCCUGUCUUACCCAAGUGUUCCUGAUUCAUUCUUGCUCCACCAUGGAAUCUGGGUUCUUCUUGGUCAUGGCUUUUGACCGCUAUGUAGCCAUUUGUAAUCCAUUAAGACAUUCAAUGAUUCUGACAAACACAGUGGUAAAGGGGAUGGGUUUUGCUAUUGUACUUCGGGGCACCGUGCUUCUCAGUCCUCACCCUUUCCUGCUGCGUUGGCUUCCCUAUUGCAAAACCAAUAUAAUUCCUCAUACUUACUGUGAGUUCAUGGCCCUCAUCAAAAUCUCCUGUGCUGAGACAAGAAUUCGCAGAGCGUAUAGUCUAAUUGUUGCUUUCCUUACUGGAGGGGUGGACUUCAUACUGAUAAUUUGUUCUUAUAUACUCAUACUCCACACUGUCUUCCACCUCCCAACGAAGGAUGCCAGGCUCAAGACGCUGGGUACCUGUGGCUCUCAUGUCCUUGUCAUCCUAGUGUCUUAUACGCCAGCUUUCUUCUCUUUUCUCACUCACAGAUUUGGCCACCAUGUAGCUCCACAUGUCCAUAUAUUUGUAGCCAACAUUUAUCUUCUGGUCCCACCAAUGGUGAAUCCCAUUAUCUAUGGCGUAAGAACCAAGAAGAUACGGGACAGGUUCUUUAAAGUUUUUAGGUUUUCAAAGUCUCUGAACUAA